CUAUCCAUUCCUGGUUGACCUGCCCUCUGGCCGCACCGUCGAUGCUCUCCACACACGAUGGCAGAUUCAAAGCACCCCGCGAUGACGCGGCGGCCACGCCCGCGAAGAGCGCUGAUUCCCGCGCCAACUGCUCUUGCGUCGUCGACUCGACGACGGUGCCCGCAGCACAACGGCAUGCUCCGACUGCUUCUGGAAGCACCAGCUUCCUCUUUCUCCUUGGCUACCCUCACACGGGCACCUCCAGCCUGCACUUUCUCCUCGCGACCAGCGGGUCCGUCAGCACGAUUGGCGAUUCCGCGGUCCUCGGUCCGUCAAAGGAAGGCAUGGCGGCCCUCCCUGCAAAGGCAUGGCUGCCUUUGCAAGGCGAUCACCGCCCGGCUGGUCGGUGGGAGCCCAGCUUCUGGAGUUCGAAUUACUCGGAUCUGGUGGAGAGAACCUACCUGAGCCAUUGGGACCGCUCAAAGAUUUUUAUUGAGAGCUCGCCUCCCGAGAUCUACCUCUCUCGCGAGCUCCAUUCGACCUUCUCCAAACACGGGAAGGUGAGAUUCGUUCUGCUGGUCCAUGGCAUCUGCGGGAUGGGGGCGGACCGCUUCUUCGUUGGGGGCAGCGCUCGCCUCCCGAUGUGCAGGCGAUGCUGCAAAGGAGCGCUUGACAAGCCCUGCAUAGACAGCUUCAUGUCCGCCUCUUGGGCGCUUGCGCUCGACACGUACCGUAGAGUCAUCGCGAGUUUUGGCGAUGACGUCUUUGUGAUUCGUUACGAGGACUUGUGCCUCCGCUUGAACCGUGUGCUGCGCGACUUGGCCGCAUGGGAGCCGCGGUUGGCCGACAUCAACGUCUCCCGCAAGCCAAUCAUUACCGACCACGCCGACGCUCACCACACGACUUCAACCAUCGGCGACCACUGCGAAUUGGCGGUGCGCCGCUGGCGAGAGCCCAUGCCCGCGCUAUGCAGUGCGACACCGCCGGCUUGGAUGGUGCGGGCGGGGGUGAUAAGCAUGGCCAAUCAUACACAGACUACUUUGCACCGGCCGGCCAGCUCGACCUGUGCGUCAAUGGCUGCGACGCUCGGGUAUGUCUACCGUCCCGGCCAGUUUGAUUGCUCCAUCACGUCCGAGUAA